AUGGCGGCGCACAUGCAGGCCGUGGAGGAGGCCGAAGCCAGGGGCGAGACGGGCGAUCGAGGAGCCUGGAAGUGGAAGAUUCGGCAGAGGAUCUGGGAUUACAUGGAAGAAAACGACAUCGCCGCCGCGCCGAGGCCAGUUCAUCAUCGGAUUCCGAACUUCGUGAACGCGGAACUGACUGCCAAGCAGGUUCAGCAGCUGCCGGAGUUCCAGCGGGCGAAGUGGGUCAAGGUGAACCCCGACAGCCCGCAGAAGUCAGUGCGUGUCGCUGUGCUGCAUGCCGGGAAGAUGCUCCUGGUGCCACAGCCGAGGCUCCGGACAGGCUUCUUCAGUGUUCUGGACCCAUCCAAGAUCCCCCUGGAGAAGUUCGGCUAUGCCUGCACUCAGAUGGGGGUGGUGGAGUUCGGAGAACCCAUCGACCUGGAUGCAAAGUUGAAGGUCGACAUGGUGAUCAUAGGCUCUGUGGCCGUGAACCCUGCCAACGGCGCUCGUUUGGGCAAGGGCGAAGGCUUCGCGGAGCUCGAAUACGGCAUGCUGCGGCUGAUGGGUGCGGUGGAUGACGACACCCCCGUAGUCAGCUGCAUCCAUGACUGCCAGCUGGUGGAUGACAUCCCCUCAGAGAAGCUGCUGUGUCAUGAUGUUCCCGUGGACAUCAUCUGCACGCCGACGAGGACCAUCCGUGUGCAGCGGAGUCUACCGAAGCCAACGGGCAUCUACUGGGACAAGCUCUCGAAACAGAAGCUUGGCUCGAUCCUGAUUCUCCAGAAGCUCAAGGCCAAGCUUGAACGUGAGCUGGGCCAAGAGCUCCCUUCGGGCCCGGAUGAAAUCUUGCCGCCUACUGCGCAGCGCGACAAGGGCAAGGGGAAAGGAGGCAAAGGCAAACAAAAAGGAAAAGGCAAGGAGAAGGGAAAGUCCAAGGAUGGCAAAGGCAAGGCACAGGGCAAAGCCAAGGGUGGCAAGGCUGCGGAAGGCUGGCAGCCAGCCGGCGAAGCUGCAGGCCCCUCGCAGGUCCGGAGGCGCUGGCAGCCGAAGACCUGA